AUGGCUUCUACUGAGCCGCGUUUGCCACCCGAAUCGAGGUCUACUACCAUCUUGGUGAACAACCUCCAUUGUCCCUCAUGUGUUUCUACAGUGAACGAUACCCUAUUUUCUCUCAAUCCACCCCCUCUCUCCGUGUCGGUAUCCAUAGUUCUGCACGAGAUCAGGGUUGCGCAUCCCAUUGAUCUGAGUCCGUCACAAAUUGUGCAUGCCCUAGAGAAUGCCGCCUUCGAUAUUGACAGCGUUGUUGAAUCUGGUGAUUCCACAAAUGGUGUUCCUGAGAGCGAGAGUCUCCGAACGUGGCGCUCAACCCGUCCAUCAGGCGUCAGGGGCGCCUCUGACCCAGAUCCUCAUAAUGAGUCAGAACAGCAUAUCCGGCAAUGCGAUGCAUGUUCUUCACAGCUCGCGACGCAAUCAUCCAGCACUGGUGGCCAUCUGCUAGAUACUGAAAAGGACCUCACCCCCCAGCUCGUCGAGUCGGGCAGCCCCAGAGAUGAUGACCUCGUAUCUGUCGUCGACGACCAUCUGACGGGCACCCGCACUCGCAUCGCACUGUCAAUCAGUGGAAUGUCUUGCAGUUCAUGCAUCGGGAAGAUUACCAAUGCGUUGAACGACCAACCAUGGGUGCAAUCGGCCGACGUUAAUCUACUGACUAGUAGCGCGGUUGUCGUUCUCCUGGACCCGUCGCGUGUGAACGAAGCGCUAGAGACAAUUACAGGCUCGGGCUAUUCCGCCCAGCUGAUUGAUUGUGAAGAGCUCCUGCCCAAGAGGCAAUCGAAACCGUCGGCGUCGCCAGACACAUGGCGAGCUUCCUAUGCUAUCGGAGGCAUGACCUGCAGCUCCUGCAGCGGGGCAGUCACAGACACUCUCAACAGUUACGAAUGGGUCAGAAAAGUGGACGUGAAUCUUGUGUCAGGGAGUGCGAUGGUAGAACUGCAAGGGAAGGAGCAUCUGGAAGAGGUCGUCGCCGUUAUCAGCCAAUUGGGUUACGUCGCUACACUCGGCGGGGUCGAGAGUAGCGCCCCAUCUGAGCAACGAGCCUUGAACCGGACGGUCACUAUCCAGGUGGACGGGAUGCAUUGCCUACACUGCCCCGAGCGGAUUCUAAAUGCUCUGAGUGUGUUUUCCAAUUGUCUCCAGGUGACGGACCCUCUUCGAAAGGAACAUCCGCGGCUCACUAUAGCAUAUACCCCGGACAGCCCGAAUUUCACCAUUCGGCAUAUCUUACAUGCGAUUGUCCAGGUGGAUAAGGCUUUCACAGUAUCUAUUUACCAUCCCCCCAGUCUUGAGGAGCGCUCCCAGAUGAUGCAACGUCGACACAUGCGGCACAUCGCCCGCCGCCUGCUGUUGGCGGUGUUGACUGCUAUCCCAACGUUUAUUAUCGGGAUCGUCUAUAUGUCUUUGGUACCUGGAGACAAUUCGGGGGCCAUGUACCUCGAGCAGCCCAUCUGGGCGGGUCAGGUCUCACGCAUGGAGUGGGCGCUGUUUAUUAUGGCGACCCCGGUGUACUUCUUCGCUGCGGAUCUGUUUCACCGUCGGAUGCUCAGUGAGCUUGUGGCACUGUGGCGGCCAGGGAGCAAGACCCCAAUCCUCCGCCGGUUCUACCGCUUUGGCAGCAUGGAUAUGCUGAUGUCGCUGGGUACUACCGUUGCGUACUUUUCCUCUGUCGCUAUUUUGGGUAUCAAUGCCACUCAGCCCGCCGACGGCCACAGAGUCACGCAUGUUGAGUCAUUCUUCGAUUCCGUCGUUUUCCUAACAAUGUUCCUCAUGAUUGGUCGGUUGCUUGAGGCUUAUAGCAAGGCUAAGGCCGGAGAUGCUCUCAAUGAUGUGGUCAGUGUGGCCAAUGGAGCCUCUCCGCCGUACGAUGGUAUUGUUGUUGAAGGAACUUCACAGUUUGACGAGUCGAGUUUGACAGGCGAAUCAAAGCCGGUCCCCAAGUCCAUCGGGGACGAAGUCUUCUCUGGGACAAUUAACCGAGCAAACCCCGUUCUUGUCCGUAUCACCCAUCUCUCCGGUGACUCGAUGCUGGACCAGAUCAUCAACGCUGUUCGCGAAGGACAGGUUCGGAGAGCACCGAUCGAGCGAACGGCAGACUUGAUCACGGGCUACUUUGUCCCCAUAAUCACCCUCAUAGCUGUCAUGGACUGGAUUAUUUGGUUAUCAUUGGGUGUCUCUGGCCGCUUGCCGACGUCCUGGCAGGAGGGCGGGGCUGGUGGAUGGGAGUUCUGGUCGUUGCAGUUCGCUAUUUCUGUCUUCGUUGUUGCUUGUCCAUGUGGGAUUGGACUCGCGGCACCGACCGCGCUCUUUGUCGGCGGCGGACUCGCUGCCCAGCAUGGAAUUCUAGUUAAAGGAGGCGGCGAAGCGUUUCAAGAGGCUAGUCAGCUGGAUUGUAUUGUCUUUGACAAGACAGGCACUAUUACCGAAGGGGCCCAGCCGUCCGUCACGGACUACAAAACGUUCCACGAAGAAAUCAUUGAUGAGGUCUGGGGCGCGGUGUUGACGCUCGAGCAGAAAAGCACUCACCCAGUUGCUCAGGCGAUGGUGUCCUUUGCCGAUUCCAAGAGGCCGCCGGCCCUCACAGCCUCCGUUAUUGACGAGAUUCCAGGGAAGGGUAUGAAGGGAGCCUUCCCUCUAAGUAACCGGCCAUCGUCUUUUCUUGACGUUAUUGUGGGCAACGAGGCAUUAAUGCUUGACCACGAGAUCGCCAUCUCGUCUGCGAAUGCCGCAAUACUCACAGCUUGGAAGCGCGAAGCCAAGUCCGUCGUUUUGGUCGGAACUAGAGUCCGAGAAGGACCCGGAGAUAUCGAAAAGGUGCAUUGGGUGCUUUCUGUGAUGCUGGCUGUGGCUGAUCCUGUACGACCAGAGGCCAAAGAGGUCCUGCAGGCUCUUCGUAACAGAGGAAUUUCCGUGUGGAUGAUUUCGGGAGACAACCCAACGACAGCUCAUGCUGUUGGUAAAAUGGUCGGAAUCUCCCCCGAGAAUAUCAUUGCCGGAGUUUUGCCUGAGCAAAAGGCAGAAAAGAUACGAUAUCUCCAGAAGACAGUGCCGAGACGCUCCAAGAGGAGAUGGUUCAACGGGGGGAAAGAACCAAGGCACACCCGAUCAAUUGUUGCUAUGGUUGGCGAUGGAAUUAAUGACUCCCCCGCGCUGACAAUGGCCGACGUCGGUAUUGCUAUUGGGUCUGGCUCAGAGAUCGCAAUCUCAUCGGCGGAAUUCGUCCUUAUAUCCUCUGGCCUGAAAUCGCUCCUGGCUCUCAUUGAUCUCAGUCGCAUUGUGUUCAACAGAGUCAAGUACAACUUCGGUUGGGCUCUGGUAUACAAUUGCAUCGCUAUCCCUGUGGCCGCUGGUGUCUUCUAUCCCAUUGUGAGCAAUGGCAAUCACAUUCGAUUGGACCCUGUUUGGGCUAGUUUGGCGAUGGCUUUGAGUAGUGUCAGCGUCGUUUGCAGUAGUCUGUUGAUGAGGACUCGACUACCGUUGGUCGGUUUCAGGCCAAAUGAAUAG